CUGGGCCCUGCUCUGCCUCCCAGUCCGUCCUGCCUCAGACGCCCGCACAGCUUCCGUCCUCCGCUCUCUCCGGCAAGAACAAAGCCAGCCAGCCAGCAGCAUGGCAGCAGGAUGUGGCAAGUGUGGGCCCGGGUACCCUAGCCCUCUGGAGGCCAUGAAAGGGCCCAGGGAGGAGAUUAUCUACCUGCCCUGUGUUUACCGAAACACGGACAUCGAGGCUCCGGAUUACCUAGCCACAGUGGACGUUGACCCCAAGUCCCCCCAGUACUGCCAGGUCAUCCACCGGCUGCCCAUGCCCAACCUGAAGGACGAGCUGCAUCACUCCGGAUGGAACACGUGCAGCAGCUGCUACGGGGACAGCAGCAAGUCCCGCACCAAGCUGGUGCUGCCCUGCUUGAUAUCUUCCCGCGUCUACGUGGUGGAUGUGGGCGCCGAGCCCCGCGCCCCGAAGCUGCACAAGGUCAUUGAGCCCAAGGACAUCCACGCCAAGUGCGGCCUGGCCUACCUCCACACCAGCCACUGCCUGCCCAGCGGCGAGGUGAUGAUCAGCAGCCUGGGAGACCUGGAGGGCAAUGGCAAAGGGGGCUUCGUGCUGCUGGAUGGAGAGACGUUGGAGGUGAAGGGGACGUGGGAGCGGCCUGGGGGUGCUGCGCCUUUGGGCUAUGACUUCUGGUACCAGCCUCGACACAAUGUCAUGAUCAGCACCGAAUGGGCAGCUCCCAAUGUCUUCAGAGAUGGCUUCAACCUCGCUGAUGUAGAGGCAGGACGAUAUGGGAGCCUCUUGACUGUCUGGGACUGGCAGCGCCAUGAGAUCGUGGAGACUCUGCCAUUGCAGGAUGGGCUCAGCCCCCUGGAGAUCCGCUUCCUGCAUGACCCGGCCGCUGCCCAGGGCUUCGUGGGCUGUGCCCUCAGCUCCACCAUCCAGCGCUUUUUCAAGAAUAAGGGAGGCACUUGGUCGGUGGAGAAGGUGAUCCAGGUGCCCCCCAAGAAAGUGAAGGGCUGGAUGCUGCCCGAAAUGCCAGGCCUGAUCACCGACAUCCUGCUGUCCCUGGAUGACCGCUUCCUCUACUUCAGCAACUGGCUGCACGGGGACCUGCGACAGUAUGACAUCUCUGACCCGCAGAAGCCCCGCCUCACGGGACAGCUCUUCCUGGGGGGCAGCAUUGUGAAGGGAGGCCCCGUGCAAGUGCUGGAGGACAAGGAGCUCACAGCCCAGCCCGAGCCCCUGGUGGUCAAGGGGAAACGGGUGGUCGGAGGCCCCCAGAUGAUCCAGCUUAGCCUAGACGGGAAGCGUCUCUAUGUCACCACGUCGCUGUACAGUGCCUGGGACAAGCAGUUUUACCCCGAGCUCAUCAGGGAAGGUUCUGUGAUGCUGCAGGUUGAUGUAAACACAGUAAAUGGAGGGCUGAAGCUGAACCCUAACUUCCUGGUGGACUUUGGGAAGGAGCCACUCGGCCCAGUCCUGGCCCACGAGCCCCGCUAUCCUGGGGGCGACUGCAGCUCUGACAUCUGGCUCUGAGUUCACCCCCGAGCCUCACGCUGCAUUCCGAGCCCUCCCUCCCACGGGGACCCGGCUUCGCCCUGCGCUCUCUCGGCCCCCACCCUUGCAUUGUGUCCUACCGAAGCCAAACUGAGGCCCUUGACAUGCAUUGGGCGGUGUCUCCGGAUACCGACCACUGUUGUGCUUUGCUCACCCUGCUGUUUUCACAUGAG